UGCCCCCGCGCGGCCGGGGGCGGGGCCGCCGGCACGAGCCGCUGGCGCUGGUUAAAGGUGGCAGAAGUUGCAAACACCCUUCCACAAACACCCUUCUGGCUUUGCUCUGGGCUUCCCCUCCCUCUCCAGGAUGGCAGGUGGCAUCACUGACACCGGAGAGCUUUACUCUCCCUAUGUUGGCCUGGUGUACAUGUUCAACCUCAUUGUUGGAACAGGAGCCCUGACCAUGCCCAAGGCCUUUGCCACAGCAGGGUGGCUCGUCAGCCUCGUCCUCCUGAUGUUCCUGGGGUUUAUGAGCUAUAUGACUACAACCUUUGUGGUGGAAGCCAUGGCUGCUGCAAAUGCCCAGCUGAGAUGGAAGAGAAUGGAAAAACGCAAGGAGGAUGAUGAAGAUGAGGAUUCUUCCUCUGGAGUGUCUGACAGUGAUGUUCUCCUCCACGAUGGCUACGAGCGAGCAGAGACACGGCCUAUCCUGUCAGUUCAGAGACGUGGCUCAGCCAAUAUCUUUGAAAUCACUGAGAGGGUGGAAAUGGGCCAGAUGGCCUCCAUGUUCUUCAAUAAAGUGGGUGUCAACCUCUUCUAUUUCUGCAUAAUUAUCUACCUCUAUGGAGACCUGGCAAUCUAUGCAGCAGCGGUGCCAGUGUCCCUAAUGCAGGUGACCUGCAGUGUCACUGGCAACCAUUCUUGCAGUGUUGGAGACAGCACAAAGUACAAUGACACGGACAAGUGCUGGGGGCCAAUUCGAAGGAUUGAUGCUUACAGGCUGUAUCUGGCGGCCUUCACGCUCCUCCUGGGUCCUUUCACCUUCUUCAAUGUGCAGAAGACCAAGUACCUUCAAAUCAUGACGUCCCUCAUGAGAUGGAUAGCUUUCAUCCUCAUGAUUAUUCUGGCCCUCAUCCGCAUCAGCAGAGGCCAAGCUGAAGGUCACCCGUCCGUGGCCGAGCUGUCGGGCAUCCGCAAUCUCUUUGGGGUGUGCGUCUAUUCCUUCAUGUGCCAGCACUCCCUGCCAUCCCUCAUCACCCCCAUCUCCAAGAAGAAGCACGUCAACAAGCUUGUGCUGCUCGAUUACGUCCUGAUCCUGGCGUUCUACAGCCUCCUGUCCUUCACUGCCAUUUACUGCUUCCGCAACGACACCCUCAUGGACAUGUACACGCUCAACUUCACCAACUGCGACAUCGUCGGCGUGGCCUUCAUCCGCUACUUCCUGGGCCUCUUCCCGGUCUUCACCAUCAGCACCAACUUCCCCAUCAUUGCGGUGACGCUGCGCAACAACUGGAAGACCCUUUUCCACAGAGAGGGGGGCACCUACCCGUGGCUGGUGGACAGGAUUGUCUUUCCUGCCAUCACGCUGGUUCCCCCGGUGCUGGUGGCGUUCUGCACCCACGACCUGGAGUCCCUGGUGGGGAUCACGGGAGCCUAUGCUGGCAAUGGGAUCCAGUACCUCAUCCCAGCUUUCCUGGCCUACUGCAGCCGCAAGGACACGCAGCUGGUGUUCGGCAGCGGGACGGUGAACAAACACCUCUCCCCUUUCCGGCACAGCUUCUGGAUUGUGUUCGUGCUCAUUUGGGGUUUCUCUUGCUUCAUAUUUGUGACUGCAAACAUUGUCCUGAGUGAGUCAAAGCUCUGAUGGGGGUAGCAGCACACUCCCUCUGGAGCUCCAGAGACUCCAGCAUUUCAGCUCCCCCUCUGGAACUGUGCACUGAGGGGGAAAGGCAGUAUGAAGGGAAGUUUCCAGGCCGUUGGCUUGGUGACACAGACUUUCUUCACUCCACUUUGGGUGUGUGUGGAGUGGACUCUGCCUCGUUACAGUUCUGGUUCUCGGACAAAGCCCUGGGGCUGAGCCCUUGGCAGCCUGCACCAUUAACCAGUGUCCAGCCGUUCCUGCCUUUGGCUCUGUCAGAGCAGCACGUUCUCUGUCUGUCCCUCUGUGGCUCUGUGUGUGCUGCAGGUCUCGGCACACAGGAGAGAGACAGCCUUGGCUGCAUCACUAAAUGUCUCUGCUCCCAAAGGCAGGAAUGUGCUGUGCAGAAUCCAGCAGGAGUUUGGGAUAACUGAGUCUCUUCUUACUGCUGAGACUCCUUCAGACCAACCUCCUGUGCCAGCUGAAGGAAAGCAUAAGGGUGGAAAUAGACCUAAUUCAGAAGGAAAUAAUUUUGUGCUGUUACAUUUUCUUUUUCUAGAAGCAUUAUCAUGUUUGUGCACAUUGCCUUGAAUAGGGGAUCUUUUGCUUAGAGCUGGAUUUCUCCAGCCUGGGAGUUACAUUCACAUUUCCAUCCUGUUCUCCUGUGCUGUGACAGCUCAGUUGGGCAGAGCAAUGCCCCUCUGCAUGCAGGGAUACAGCUCUUCCCCCUGGAAGGGAAAUCAGCCUUGCUGCCCUCAGCACCAGCACGGGACUCGGAGCUUUCCACUGGCAGGGCCCCUCUCCCUUUCUCAGCUUUGCCCGGGGCUGGUACAAGCAGCCAGGCCUGAACUCCAGCGGCCAGGAUCGGGAUCGGUGCGGGCUGGGGAGGUGCUAAUUACCCACUCCUGACACGCCAGAGGCUUCGGCUGUGCACACUGAAGCGUUCCCGGCUCCCGUUGGGUAAUUAGCCUUGAAACAAGGUGGGUGUUAACGCAGGGGAAUGAGCUGGUGCCAGGAGGAGGCGGCUGUGCCCUGGCUCAGCCCUGCCUGCAGCAGCAGCGCUCCCGAAACGAGGGAGCAAAACCUGAAACCCUGCUGGAACUGGGCCUGACCCUGUCUUGUCUUUCUGCACAGGGCUAAGGUGGG